AUGAGAGAAGUCAGUCAACUCUAUGAGGCCAGUAGACACAAUGAAGCCAGUAGACACAAUGAAUAUUCCACACUUCCAAAAAUUGGGGUAAAAAUGCUGAUUUCUGGGUAUCCACUUGAAAUAAUGGAUGGUGAUGCAGCCCAUGUUCCUUUAGAGUGGAUUAAUGCUGUCCUGGAUGAACUCAUCAAAACCCUUGGAGACCAAAAGGUGUUUGUUCUGUCGAUUCUGGGGCUUCAAAGCUCUGGAAAAUCCACCCUUCUGAAUACCAUGUUUGGCCUUCAGUUUGCAGGGAGUGCUGAAAGAUGUACUCACGGGGCCUUCAUGCAACUUAUAGAAGUGGACUCCAGCAUCAGAAAUUACCUUGGAUAUGACUUUGUCCUCGUUGUCGACACAGAGGGCCUCAGAUCUCCAGAGCUCAGUACAAAGAUAACACUGAACCAUGACAAUGAGCUUGCCACUUUCAUCAUUGGAAUUGGUGAUGUGACAGUUAUCAAUUUCAUGAGUGAGAACCUUUCUGAGAUGCAUGACAUUCUUCAGAUUUGUGUGCAUGCCUUUCUGAGAAUGAAACAGGUUAAGUUCACACCUAGCUGCAUUUUUGUGCACCAGAAUGUUGCAGAAUCAUCAGCUAGAGAUACAAAUAUUGAGGGGAGGAGACGUUUCCUGGAGAAAAUGGAUGAAAUGGCUGAAAUGACAGCAAAAGAGGAGAAUGUUGAUGACAUCACUUGCUUUAGUGAUGUUAUACACUUUGACAUUGAGACUCAAGUUUUCUACUUCAAAGGUCUUCUAGAGGGAGACCCUCCCAUGGCUCCAAUUAAUCCUUCGUAUAGCCAGAAUGUUCAAGAGCUGAAGACCAAACUUCUAACAAUUGCAAAAUGGCAGGAUAGAUAUAAAUUCCCCCUCCUAUCACAAUUCAAAAGUAGAGUUUCUGACCUUUGGUCGGCACUCCUGCAGGAGAAUUUUGUGUUCAGUUUUAAAAACACUGUUGAAAUGAUGGUGUAUAGUUCUCUGGAGCAUAAGUUUGGAGUUUGGUCACUGGCCCUGAGAAAGCAUUCCCUGGCCAGUCAGACUAAACUUGAAAAUGAAAUUGCCAGCAACUUGAUUCAGGAGAAGGAUGUGACCUUCCUCCUGACAGAGGAGUUUGGCAAAGUCUACAACCCGCUGAUUUCUGAAAUAGAUAAGUAUUUCACUGAAGACAAAAACAAAGACACCCUUAUAAAGUGGAAGGCUAAUAUUUGCACCCGCUUCGAAAGCCUAAAGAGUGAACUAAUUGAGGACAUAUUGCAAAGAUUUAAGGACUUAUUCACUGCUAAGUACACCAGGUCAGAGCUGGAUGAGAAAAAAGUGAAAUACAUGGAUCAGCUGACCAAGCAGUGCAAAAAUCUGGCAUCUGAACUUAAAACAGAGUAUAUGACGGAUGACCAAAUGAGAAAGGAAUUUGAUAUGCUUUGGGUUAAGUGGACAGCUGAGGUGAUGAAAUACCAGUCUACUGGGAAACCAGUCGAUGUGAAACCGAAUGUAGAAAAGGUCCUGCUUAGCCAGUUCAAGAAGCACCCAAAUAUCUCAGACAAAGUGAAAGAUGGAUUGUUCAGAAAGGUGGGAGGGCACAUAGUCAUAAAGACAGAUGAAUUAUGCAGUAUUCAGACGGAAGACAUCACAGACUGGCAGUUCCUUAAAGACACAAUGGCCAGGUCUCUGGAAGACAUAAUUAAAAAUAAAAUGGUGGACAUGGAGGCCAUGAGAGAGAAACCCACCGCAAUGCUGUGUCAGCAGCUCCAGGGAUGUUGGGAACAGUGUCCUUUCUGCAAAGCCAUCUGCACACACAGCAUCCCCAACCAUGAUGGGAAACACAGUGUUAGAAUCCACCGCAGCAACUGA